CAAUCGCAGCUGGCCGUAGAUCCAGUAAUGCAGCAGCAGCCUGCUCUCCCCAUCCCUGGGAGUCUAUUGUAAAGAAGCAGCACAAAGGACAGCCCGCACUGCUCACUGCAUCAGCCACUGCACCGCUCACUGCAUCUCACCUCUGGACACCAUGAGCACCAGCAUCAGGUUCAAGAGCAAGCUGCUGAAGACAGAUGAGAAGGAGACAGCAGGGUUUGAUGGCUUCAGAGGUGGUCUGACAUUGGGCUCUCAUGAGAGCCGCCCACAGUCCCUAGCCAUGGACCAAGAAAAACAAUAUGUUGGGUUUGCGACAUUACCCAAUCAAGUCCACCGGAAAUCAGUGAAAAAAGGAUUUGACUUCACGCUCAUGGUUGCAGGAGAGUCUGGCCUAGGAAAGUCUACUCUGGUCAACAGCCUGUUCCUGACUGAUCUCUACAAGGACAGGAAGUUGCUGAAUGCAGAAGAAAGAAUUAGUCAAACAGUAGAGAUUGUAAAGCACACAGUGGACAUUGAAGAGAAGGGAGUGAAGCUAAAGCUUACUAUAGUAGAUACUCCAGGCUUCGGGGAUGCAGUGAAUAACACAGAAUGCUGGAAGCCCAUAACUGACUACAUAGACCAACAGUUUGAACAGUAUUUCCGGGAUGAGAGUGGACUGAAUCGGAAAAACAUCCAGGAUAACCGAGUGCACUGCUGCUUGUACUUCAUCUCGCCUUUUGGACAUGGGCUGCGGCCAGUGGAUGUGGCAUUUAUGAAAGCUCUACAUGAGAAGGUUAACAUUGUUCCUUUGAUUGCCAAGGCUGACUGCUUGGUACCAAGUGAAAUUCGCAAGCUGAAAGACCGGGUCAGAGAGGAAAUUGAAAAGUUUGGCAUAAAAGUAUAUCAGUUCCCGGAAUGUGACUCAGAUGAAGAUGAUGACUUUAAACAGCAGGACAAGGAAUUGAAGGAAAGUGCACCCUUUGCUGUAAUUGGCAGCAAUACAGUGGUAGAGGCCAAAGGUCAGAGGGUACGAGGUCGUCUCUAUCCAUGGGGCAUUGUGGAAGUGGAGAAUCAGGCACACUGUGACUUUGUAAAGCUGCGAAACAUGCUGAUUCGGACACACAUGCAUGAUCUUAAGGAUGUAACAUGUGACGUGCACUAUGAAAACUACAGAGCACAGUGCAUACAGCAGAUGACCAGGCAUGAAGAAACAGAGAGCACUGCAGAAAGUAAACUUACUCAGGAUAACAGGAUAGAGAGUCCAAUUCCUAUCCUUCCUCUGCCAACACCUGAUGCUGAAACAGAGAAACUCAUAAAAAUGAAGGAUGAAGAGCUGCGGAAAAUGCAGGAAAUGUUGCAGAAAAUGCAGCAGCAGAUACAGGAACAGUGAGCCCUCAUUCCAAUGGCACUUAACUCUCAUAUUUCCUGAUCCCAAAACCCAUCACUUCAAGGACCAGUUUGGAGACGGAUGUGGUACCCAUGGACUCAUUGCAGUGUCUUAUUUAUUGUUCGCAAACACCCGUCCGGUAGGAACUCCUCCCUUGGUUGGCUUCCUUCGUUCCUCAGAACUUCCCAACAAAAGAGCCAAGCACUUCUGAAAAAUAAUCCUGUUUACAGUCCAGGCAUUCCCAUUAUACAGCAAGGCGAUCUGGAAAAUCUUCAGUUCUUUCCGACGCGUUGAAAAAUGGCAUGGCAGCCCAUUGUGGGAAAGCACCCACUUGGAUGUACUGGAUGAUAUAACGUAAAGAUUCAAACAACCAUUUCAAUCUUCUGCAUGGCUCCAACCCUAACAUAAAAAACAGGGUGGCUUUCAGGAAGGGAGAAGCAACCCAAUAAUAUAUAUAUUUUUUUUUUUACCAGCACCAUAUCCCUGAUCUAAGAGAAGCUUGUGUUAAUUUUUGUUUGUACAGUGUUGCAGUAUCUUGGACUCAGGACUUGUUUUGGGGUUUUUUUUUGUUGCUGUAUUGAUGUUUACUCACAAUAACUGUUACUCCACGAGUAACCCGCUAAUCAUUAGAAGCACCAGAGAGGAGGUAGUGCUUCCGAGAACAGUGCAAAGGGAUUCACAGAGAUAACAUUGGUUUCCUAAUUUGACGCCAUACACUGAUACUGGAAGUGAAAGGUCAACGUUAACCAAACCAGUCCUAAUUUUUGUUGUGAAUUCCAUGAUGUAAGCCAAGUGUAGGCACUCAAUACAAAGUUGGUACAUUUCCCAGUGUUUGCCUUAUGUAACUAUAUGCAGCAAAGCAGAGGAACACAUACAGCAAUGCCUUUUUUUUAAUUAAUGAGCUUAAGUGAACACAUAGCAAACUAUGGGGCUGAUGACCCUGACUGGCAAGUAAGGGACCAAACUUAUCACCAACAUAUCACUAGCUAUUAAUUAGUAUUAUUAGUGGAAGCGUCAUUGUUUUGUAAC